CAGGAUGAUACGGAUCGAAAGAUUAGCUGCAUAUGGCGCGAGGGCUUCGACGAUGACGGGGACUGGCAAAAAAGCAUUAGGGUCACAUAUACAAGGCUGGUAGAGGUGAGAGAGGCGCACGUUUGAUUGUGGCUACAGAACCCGACGCUCUAUCAUACACAUUAGUCUCUAGCCUCACAUCCAAAGAGUGCCAGGAAAAUGGGCAGGCGCAUACGCAAGAAGCAGAUGCUUCUUCCCAUCAUGAAGAGCUCGCGCUAGUGAGGCGACGGAAUUGGAUUCAGAAGUCAUGAAGUGGUUGUCGUGGGCGUUGCCGACUGCCUGCAGCAUGGUGUUAUUUUGCAAGAGCAAGUGUGCGAAUACUCCGUGAUUGGGGAUGGUCGUCAGACUGGAUGCCGAACGGGACGUUUGCAACAGCCGAGCUACUUCCUGCUGGUCAGUUUUUUUUGGCAAAAGAUGUCGAUUCUUCUUUGAUGAUACGGCCGAUACUUCCCCACAUUCAGUGAGUCAAAUAUAUACGUUGAAUCGUGAUAGUUGCAAGCAGGAAGGUACGAUAGAGCAGUUCAGGUAAUGAAGCAUGAAGAUGCUAUGACAAACCCGAUUACGGAGGGGUGGUCUCAUGGUAUAUCGGUAGGUAUUCAGUUCUAGACCUGUCCACGUUUAUACAUUACUCACGUCGUAUAUCAAAGCAAAUCUAACCUAUUUGCAGCGGGAUCGUGCUCUUCUUGCCAUAUCUCUGUUUGCUAGCAUCCGUUAGAGCUCAUGCGGUAGCUUACGAUGAAGUGACGUUGGGACGACCACACGCCACCAAGCCUCAGUCAGGUGAGGGGUCUAUCCGAUGAGAACUGGCUACGUCAUAACCCUAACCCGGCGUCUGCUGCCUCUCAAGCUUGAGAGCGUGCGUAACAGUGCAACAAUGCCAGCCCAUUCUGGAGUGUCCCUAUGUAAUGUGGCUCAGACAAACAAAGAGCUUCAAAUAAUACCCCAUACACUUGAAAUCAAGAUAUCUUAGCUCUCAGUGUCUCAGAAGCUUGGUUAAGGCCUGAGCUUGUCACCGCUUGGAUCGUCCUGCAGGCUGUCCCACUAAUAGCAGCACCCCGGAUUGCGAUUAAGCGUGCAAUUAACCAAUCAGACGCGUCUGGUGGGCUGACCCUCGCGCGUCACAAGCUUCGCAUCACAUCGCAGGUGCUGCGCAGCUCUCACAGCUCUGUCCCUUGAGACCGACAUAUCCAACCUGUCAUUUAAUCGCAACCAACCCCGCUAGUUCUUUCACACUUUUACCACCAAUUAAACCAAUUCUACCACUUCAUCUCAAAUUUACCACUUGAAAAUCGUUAAAUCACACGAAUCACCAACAAUGGCGACUCCCACAGCCGCCUCAACAGGCACUGCGACUCCCCUCGAGCUCGACCCUGAGCAAGCCCAGCAGAGCCUCAAAAUCUCCCUCGCCGACCUCGCCGCCAAAGCCGCCGCCCUCUUCGCCCAGAAGAAAUACGAAGAUGCCGCCGAGCAGUACGCCCGCGCAGCCGAGAUGCAAGCCGAGAUGAACGGCGAGAUGAGCCCCGAGAACGCAGAGAUCCUCUACCUCUACGGGCGCACCCUCUUCAAAGUCGGCCAGAGCAAGUCGGACGUUUUGGGCGGCAGCGCGCCACAGGCUAAGAACCAGGCCAAGCCCAAAGCUCCCAAGAAGACCACUGCUGCCAAUGGCGCUAAGAACGGCGAGGGCAGCUCCUCUUCUGCCGCCGCGAAGGCUGGGGAAAAGGUAGAGAAGGUGGUUGCUGAGGCUGCUGGGAAGGAGGCGGAGAAGGAGUCGGGUGCUGAGAUCAAGAAGCCCAUGUUUCACUUUGAGGGAGACGAGAAUUUUGUUGAUUCUGACGAGGAAGAGGAGGGAGAGGAAGGAGAGGGUGAGGAGGAAGAGGAGGAUGACGAUCUUGCGACUGCGUUUGAGAUUCUUGACCUGGCGCGUGUGCUUUUCCUCAAGAAACUCGAGGCGCCACAGACCGAGAGCGAAGGAAAGGGCAAGGAAGCUGCCGAGGAAGGCAGCGAUAACCCCAAUAUUCGUCACUUGAAGGAGCGUCUGGGUGAUACCCACGAUCUCCUCGCCGAGAUCUCGCUCGAAAAUGAAAAAUACCACACCGCCAUAAACGACGCCAAAGCCGCCCUCAAAUACAAACAAGAUCUCUACCCCUUCGAAUCCGAAAUCAUCGCCGAAGCCCACUUCAAAGUCUCCCUCGCCCUCGAGUUCGCCUCGGUGACCAAGCAAUCAGACGACGACACAGCCGAAAGUAAAGACACCUCCUCGGGAGAGGUCGACCAAUCCCUCCGCGACGAGGCGGCCGCCUCUCUGGAGCAGGCCAUCAACUCGACCAAACAGAAGCUCCAAAACAAGGAAGUCGAGCUUGCCACCCUCCACAACCCCGAGGAGAAUGACUCGACUCGCGAAGAAAUCUCCAACGUGAAGGAGAUGAUCAGCGACAUGGAGCAGCGCCUCAAAGACUUGCGAGCUCCGCCCAUCGACAUCAAUUCUGCGCUUGGGCUGCCGUCUCGAUCGGAACAGGAAAAGCAAAAGGCGGAUAAUCUUGUGCUUGGGUCGGUGUCGGACGAGGUCAAGAAGAAUGCGAAUGAUUUGACCGGACUGGUGAGAAAGAAGAGGAAGGCGGAGGAGAGUGUUGCUGUGGAGGAGGUGAAGGAACAGGAACAGCCUGAGGCGAAAAGGGCCAAGUCGGAGGAUGUAUUGGGGGCGGCUUCUGCGGCGCCGACUGCUAACUAGGAAGAGCAAAGGAGGGUGUGGGAGGAGGAGAAUAGGAUGUUGAUGGAGAAGUACAAGGCUGUGUGGCCCUGUCGGGGGUGGUCUUGCGUCAAUGGAAUGUAUGAACAGCAGUGAUUUUCUUUUUGUCUUGUUUUAUGGGCUUUUCUAUAUUUGGUACAGGCGCGCUUUUCUCUCUCUCUCUCUCUCUCUCCAUC